AUGCCGACUCGCAUCGGGGAUCUCGAUGACGAGGUGCUGCUUGAGAUGAUAGCGAAACCGCUGGCCGAGUCUGACAUCGCUUCCGCUGUCGCCUUCAAACGAUGCAGCAGACGCUUCAAGAAUCUCGCCACCAAACCGGUCGCAGACGCUGUGAAAAGGACAAACGAGAACUGGCGGGCUGCGGCAGCCAGCAUCGGCGGCCCAGGCGCUGCAAAGAUCAGAGGCAAGCUCGGGCGCAACGAGGUGCUGAAAACACUCGACCUCUCCGGCAAGAAGAUCGACGGCGAGGGCGCCGCUGCAAUCGCUGGGGCGCUGCGGGGCAACGCGGUCUUGACCAGCCUAAACCUCCAGAGCAACUGCAUCCGCGACGAGGGUGUGGCCGCGAUCGCCGAGGCGCUGCAGGGCAACGGGGUGCUGACCGUCCUCACCAUUGGCGGCAACAAGAUCAGCGGCGAGGGCGCCACUGCGAUCGCCGAGGCGCUGCGCGGCAACGGGGUGUUGACCAACCUCAACCUCGGCUGGAACAAGAUCGGCGCCGAGGGCGCCACUGCGAUCGCCGAGGCGCUACGAGGCAACGGGGUAUUGACCUCCUUGGACGUGGGCUUCAACGGUCUCACCGAGGAGGUGGCCCUCGGCAUCGUCCGCGUCGAGCGGCAGCGCAACAAGCUGACCUGGCUAGGCGUGGCUGACUGCAGCAUCGGCCCGACUGGCGCCGCCGAGAUCGCCGAGUACGUGUCGGGCAGCGAGGUAUUGACCGAGUUGAAGCUCGGCGCGAACAAGAUCCGCGACGAGGGCGCCAAGGCGCUGGCAUCCGCUCUUCGCGUCAACGAGGUGCUGACCAACCUCUCGCUCUACGGGAAUAGCAUCCGCGCCGAGGGUGCCGAGGCGCUGGCCUCCGCUCUGCGCGUCAACGGGGUGCUGACCACCCUCAACCUCGUCGACAACAACAUCGGCGACGAGGGCGCCGUUGCGCUGGCCUCCGCUCUUCGCGUCAACGGGGUGCUGACGACCCUCGACCUCCGCCUCAAUCUUAGCAUCGGCGACGAGGGGAAGAAAGCGAUUCAGGAUGCGGUCAGCGGGCGGGAAGGGUUCAAGCUAAUGAUGUGA